CUCUCUCUCUCUCUCUCUCUCUCUCUCUCUCUAAAACUGUCUCCUUCUUCUUCUUCCCCACUCUCUCUCCUCUCCCCUUCCCAUUCCAAUUUUGUUUUGUCUCUAAAUUAUUACUAUACAAUAAAAACCCACAAAAGGGAAAGAAAGAGUUGGACACAAGAUCAAAAUCCCUCAGGGGUCAAGCUUAUCCCCAAAGAAGAAGAGCCCAGAAGGAGGAGACAACAAGAACGGUUCUGUUCAAGGUUACAUGUCGUGUGUUUGGUCAUGCACAAGCAGGGUUUUGAAAACCCUAGUUAGAUGAUGUUGAUGAUGAUGAAGAAGAUGAAGAGAGGAGGAUCAUGGGAUGGUGUACUGUAGAAACAUAUACGUAUUGUCUUGUUUGUGUGUGUAAGUACCAAGUAGAUGUCGCUUUCUUGAUGGGAGUGGGCAAGUGGGGAUUAAAUUAAAUUUUGGGGUUGAUGGGUCCUCAUCAGAUGGUUUAUGUUGCUUCUCUCCACUUCUGAGAUUAUAUUCUCUCUCUCUCUAUAUAUAUCUAUCUUUGCUUCCUUAGACACAUACAAUACAUACAAACCACCUUUUGUUUGCCCUCGUCCGUACGCCUCAUAGGACUACGGAAACCACCCUUUGCCGCGGAAGAAAUGGAGCAGUUCUACGGCGAAGAGAUGGAUCCCGGGGUGGUGGUCCCAAGGUUCGACCCGAUGGACGUCCAGGAGGAGGAUCAGGCCGGCAGCAUCGACCACCACGGCCUCCUCGACGAUGGGCCCAUGUCGUUCUAUGCGUCUGACUUCCCUCCCCUCCCGGACUUCCCUUGCAUGUCGUCCUCAUCUUCUUCUUCAUCUACUGGGGCCCCGGUCAAGGCUACCCCGUCGUCUUCAUCCUCGACAGCAUCCUCGUCCUCGACAUCGGCUGCCUCGUGGGCGGUCCUAAGGUCGGAUCAGGACGUGGAUCGGAGCCCGCCGGUGCAGCAGUCGCCUGCUAUGCUGCCGGCAGCGGCGACCCUGACGUCUGCCUUGUCUUCGACCGCGUCGAUGGAUAUGAUACUUAGGGAUAGUAAGCUCGAGGAUACUAUUAACUGCAAGGAGGAUGAAGAGGCGGAAGUGGCCCUUGAGGAUUGCCUGGACGUGAUGGAGACUUUCGGGUACAUGGAUCUCCUCGAGUGUAAUGACCUCUUCGAUCCCACCUCUAUGUUCCAAAACGAAGAGCCAACCGAUCCUACCGCCGGUGCCUACCCAGUGGAGGAAUUUCAAGUGCAACAUCAGCUCCCACAAGAGCAACCAGAGCAGAAUUUCCAACGACCAGAAGGAGCCGAUUCUCACGGCCCUCUGACGUCGGCUGCUCAGCCCUACGGGGAGGAGCAGCAGCCGCCGGCCGUGGUGGUAAAGGAGGGUACCGAUGAAAUGGGGCAGGUGUUGCUGGAGUGGCUGAGGACAAACAGGGACAGCAUCUCGGCGGAGGACCUAAGGAGAGUCAAGAUCAAGAAAGCAACAAUCGAGGCGGCCGCCCGGCGGCUUGGGGGUGGCAAGGCUGCCAUGAAGCAACUCCUCAAGCUUAUCCUCGAAUGGGUACAGACCAACCACCUCCAUCGAAAGCGCAAGGAGGACGAAGCCCAGAACAAGCUCCACUAUCCCCCGUUGCAAGACCUGCCUGAUCCUGGCACCUUCCCGAACCCUAACCCUAACAUGCUAAACCCUAGUGCCAACUCGUUUACCCCGGAGCUUGCAUCCUGCUUUCCCAGCCAGCCACAGUGGGCGGCUUCUCCGUACAUGACGGACCAUUCUGGGCCGGUCAUGGCUGCUCCUCCGCCCUUUGCUUCUUCAACAGUCGGAUACAAUAUGGGGGGUGAUCCGUUUUCCAGUAGCGGAGAUCUCUACCCAGGGCCACCAGGACUGGCCGAGUACCACAUGCUCGAUUCUCCCCAGUCGUGGCCACUGCCCCAGUACGGGGCGAUGCCAAACUACAACUUUAUGGCAGCAGACGUCAAUUUUCAGCCACCGGGCGCUCAAGCUUUCAUCGGCUACAGGAAUAAUUCACAGUAUUCAAAUUUCCCGCAACAGUAUUAUAACAGCGGGAAUGGGGAGAGAUCGCUCAUAAGACUCGGGUCUUCAGCCACAAAGGAGGCUCGGAAGAAGAGGAUGGCAAGGCAGAGGCGGCUGAUGUCUCACCAUCACCACCGCAGCAUCAAUGGACACCACAACAGCCACCAUGCAAACCAUCAGAACGGGCAUCACCAGGCGGUGAUGGCAAUGGAUCAUCAGCAACAUGCAAGGGUCGGGGUCUGCGAUCAGCCGGGUGCAGCUGCCGCCAACUCGGGGAACUGGGUGUAUUGGCCAGCUGCAGCACCAGCAGUAGCUACACCAGCACCGCCUCCUAUGAUGUCACCGGAGGCAAUGCAGGCGCACCAACCGGUGGAGCGGCAGCCUGCCAUGCAAGGGCAGAGCGGUCAGCGCGGCCAAGUUGCACCGGACCGGCGACCGGGAUGGAAACCGGAGAACAACCUGAAGUUUCUGCUUCAGAAAGUGCUGAAGCAAAGCGACGUGGGCAACCUCGGAAGAAUUGUGUUGCCAAAGAAAGAAGCGGAGACACAUCUCCCAGAAUUGGAGGCAAGAGAUGGGAUCUCCAUUUCGAUGGAGGACAUUGGGACCUCCAGGAUUUGGAACAUGCGUUACAGAUUUUGGCCAAACAAUAAGAGCAGGAUGUAUCUCCUGGAAAACACAGGUGAUUUCGUGAGGGCGAACGGGCUUCAGGAAGGGGACUUCAUAGUCAUAUACUCGGACGUGAAAUGCGGCAAAUAUCUGAUAAGAGGCGUGAAGGUUCGGCAGCCCGAAGGUGAAGCCAAAUCAAACGCAAAGAAACCGGAGAACAGCAAACCCCAGAGGAACAGCAAUCUCCAAGGAAGCUACUCGACAACGGCCAAUAACGCAUCUCAAAGAAAAUAAAUUGUCCAAGAAAAAGAAUCGGACGUAAGCUAUGAUCUUCAGGGAGACGAUUCGCUAGCUUUUUCUCUGGCCAUGGCCCUCGAUCAGAUUCUCCUGCGACUGUUCAAAUAUAAUUAUGGAGGCUUUUUUCGUUCAUAUAUAUAUAUAUAUCAUAUCAUAAUAUUCUAAAAGGCUGUAGAUUUUGAUAAGAUGUUGUGUGUACAUUAAUAUAUAUGGAGGAUUUGUGUAAUGUUGAUAAUGAGUGAUCUUUAAUCAAUUAUGCUA